UCGGUUAGUCGCUGCGAUACUCGAUUCUCGUGACGGCCUGUCGAUUCGAGCGUGUCUGUAAUAUCUCGAUUUAUCGCGAUCCAGGCUGUAUCGUUGUCGUUAUCGUGGCCGUGUUGUGUAGCAGUCGAGCGAACGCGUCGAUACGCGGGCAAGAAGAAAAAAGGAAACGGAAACAGUGAGAGAAAGUAGCCGGUUUUCGGUAUACCUCUCCCCCUCCCAACCCCCCGCACCCCACCGCACCGCUCAAACUUCUCGACUCGUUGCCACAAUUUCGCGAUUAGUACACGUCGAAAGAUCGUGCAUGUCGCGCGUGUUUUCGUCCGUUAGUCGAUCGCGUGUUUUUCGCCCGCGCCUGUGCACCGAUUUCUAAACGAAUCAGUUGAAAAAGUGUGAUGAAAAGAAGCGAGUGUUCGGUUCCGCCGCCCUACUCGGGCCAGGCUCCAUUUUCCUCGAGAGUUUCACGGUAUUAGAAACACGUCGAAUAGCUAACCACGCAUCGGAAAUCUAACUUGUACGAGUUGUUCCUCUCCCGUCGACGACAAGACGGAAACGACACGCCAUAAAAAGUUUCAUGGUAGGAAAGUUACUUGGACACGCUUUUACCGAAGAAAGCUCGUGCGGUUGGUGUGCUUCGAUCAGGAAACCGUUACCGUCUGACCAGUAUACGGUCAUACCCCGCGCUCGUGCAUUUCGUUCGUCGCGAAUCAGUCGACGUAAGUCGGUAAAGACUCGACAACGAUAUUUCACGAUAUAUCGAUAAUAGCGCCGACAGUGAUCCUGGUAGAAUCUGUUUAUUUUUAUUUCAACUUCGAACCUAACCUAACGCGACAUUAUCUUUCGAAUCUAUUUAUAUACUCGUUGAAACUUUCGAUACGAUCUCACCUGAGUUGAACGUCGAUUCUAUCGGUGUUUAUUAUCGAUGUAUCGAUAACAUUUGGACGAUAAGCAGAGAGUAUAACGCGAAUCGAGGUACGAGUGUAUUCGCACGGUUACAGUCGGAGAGGCAGCAAAGGUCGAAUCGAGCGGUUGACGUCCGAAGUCGGUAAGGGAACGAGUUUCCAAGCGGGGGCUCGACUUGCCAGAAAAAUAGACGAACAAACGAUCGAACGAAAGGAGAGAUACGGGAAGGAAGAGGAGCUAGUCGGUUGACCGUCGGGGGCUGGUUCUCGUGGGUCAACGAUCCUCGAUGUGUUCUUAGAGCUCGCGCCUCGAGCUGGUUCCCCGGUGAACAUACCUCUGCGCGGAUAACUCUUCUGAUACGACACACGAGCUCGCUGCUGUACACCGUGUGCUACGUUCGUGCCGAUAGCACGUUUCACGAGGAGUGAAAAGGCGGUCACUCGGUACGCCGCCGUGGCUGCUUUCACCGGCGAUGGAAUAAUGCCGAUCGCGCCUUAACGGUACGCGCAGCUCCGGUACCUUCCGUGUUUCCGGCAUUUUAAAAAUGAUCCUGAAUCGCUGCUGACUAUCUUGGAUGCGUGUACAGUGUUGUUUCGCGUCGAUGCGAGUGCGUGUACAGUGUCGUUCUCGUCGUUAACCCUGGAAGUCGUAGUGAAAAGCUGUGAUCAGUGGAUCGAUUAGCAUGGAAAGCAAGAUGUACAUAAGCAACGAGCCACAGAAUAAUGGUCACGCGACCACGAAAUUCGCGUCGACGAACUCGAUCCCGUCGAUCAUGAUGGAGGAAGAGUCGUCGUUCGCGAAGCUGAUCGGCGCGGUCGGCCGAAGGGACUCGAACGCUAUCCUGCGCGACAACAAGGGGCGAAGGCACAGCGUCCUGGAGGAUCUGAAGGCUCGCAAGGACAGCUUGUUCCAGAAGGCACGGCGCGGCAGUGUCGCCGAAGAGAAAGAGAACGCGAAACAGAUGCAGAAGGAGAAGAGGCGAGCCAGCGAGAGCGGCAGGAGAGGCUCGGUGUUUUACGUGUCUCAGGACCUCCUCGAGGAGAACCAGGAGGUGCUGGAGAACGAGAGAGUAAAGGCGGAUCUCGAGGGCAAGAAAGGGCGUCGAAAGUCUUGGCAUCCUCUCGCCAAGCCACCGAAACUCGAUCGCAAGAGGAGAAAAGGGAUCGCCGGGGUACCGACGCAAGUUGGCAGCACCGAUGGAUUGUUCGCCCAAGCCAGACAGAAAAGACCCUCCUGGUGGAAUAUAUUCGUACCCGACUCCGUCACAAGGUCCAGACGAAUGUCCCAGGAUAUCACGCAUUCGAGAUCCACCGAAAACCUCACAGCAUCUUAUUACAGGAGCAAAAGCCGCAGCGUGGAUCAUGGAUUCACGACGCCUUUCGAUCUGGAUUCUUUGAGGAACAAGGUCGAAGGACGAUUCGAGUCGGUCGACAAACUUUCCAAGGAUUCAGACAGCGACAGCAAAGAUGGCUCAACGACGCAUGAGAAGAAGCACGGACGUGUUUCACAGCCCAUUAACACGAUCGCCUACACGGUGGGCGACAGGGACACGCUCACGUCUGUGGCCGCGAGGUUCGACACAACGCCAUCCGAGCUGAGCAAAUUGAACAGGCUCGGAAGUACUUUCAUUUAUCCCGGCCAGCAAUUGUGGGUACCGGCGAAAGGAGAAGGUCGACCAGGAGGCGAAACCACUACCGACGCGCCUAGUCCGGAUCCUUGUCACGACCACGAGUCCCAAGAUGACCUACCUCCAGAGGAAAAAGAACUUCUGGAUAAUUUGAGGCCAGUAUCGCCAAAACCAGGCCAUAUGGAAAGAGUGAAGACACCUCUUAGCGAUACGAAUGCAGUCAUAAAAGAAGAGGAACAACCGUUUAAGGAAAGAUUCUUGAAAAUUAAUGUUCGUCACAUCACGGAUGGCCAGGGUGUUGUCGGUGGUGUACUACUGGUCACUCCAAAUGCAGUCAUGUUUGAUCCCAAUGUCUCGGAUCCACUUGUAAUUGAACAUGGAGCUGAAUCUUAUGGUGUAAUUGCACCAAUGGAAUUUGUUGUGAAUGCAGCUAUUUACUAUGAUAUUGCGCAUAUGCGCGUUGGCCACACAGAAUCGGGAAACUUAGACAAGAAACCAGAAAUCUAUUACAUGAAGAAACCCUCGUCAAAUGAGAAUAUUAAGUGUCAGUCGCCGGGUAAAGAUGAAAAUUUCCCUGAGCUAACAGCAGAUGAUAGCGAAAGCGUGUGUAGUUGUGCUGAGAGAGACGGAAACGCUUUUCCAAAGGCCUUUGAGAGAGAUCUCGUUACCCCCACCAAUCUUCAAAAUGAAGAAGAUACAACGACAACCAAAGAAAAAGAGGCAGAGAAGGAGACUAAAGACGUGUGCGGUGGUGGUCAAGCAAGUAGAACAUUAGAGGAACGUAGACGUUCUAUGCUUGACCACCACUGGGCAGUUCCUAGCAAAGAUAGGUGUACGCUAUCAGUCGAGGAUGAGCAACAAGACUCUUUAAGUUCUGACAAGACCGACUCAACGAAAUCGAAGACGAUUCCCGAAGACGAAGAAGGAUCUCUAGUCAAACUGUCAUGCCACGACUCUGGUAUCGACAUUCGUGACCCUAAUCCCCCUUUCCCAGUAGUUCAGCCUAACCCUUCAAAGAAAGUAUACUCAGACGCAGAUAUUGUCUUAUCUUCAGAUUGGGUACCUCCUAUUACUAUUGCCCCGACGAAUCUUACAACCGACAUGCUAGAUAGCGGUUCUGCCAUUAAUGGUAGAAAGAAGGCGAGUUCGGUAUCUUUUAGUUUAGACAAUACGGAGGAACCCGAGAAAGACGAAGAACACAAAGACGAUGACAAACAAGAGACUCGUAGAAAUAAGAUGUUAAAACGGUUAUCGUAUCCAUUGUCAUGGAUGGAAGGAUUAACAGGAGAAAAAGAAGAAGACAGUAAAUCUGGAUCUGAUAAAGUUUCGAGCCUCCCUAAUAGCGCAGACUCUCAUCAUUCGUCAGUCUUCAGUAAAGUUUUUUCAAGACGGUCCUCCGUAGGCACGUUCAUCAGACAACAACCGUUAACCUCGUCGGGCAGUAGCAGCGUGGACAGUAGUCGAGGUAGCAAAACUUCAACGAGUAACGCUCCACGUUUGGACUACCGCAGCAUGGUGUCCGUUGAAGACAUGCCUGAACUGUUCGUCAGCUUCGACAAGCUUUUACCACGACCAGCCCGUUCCUGCGAGGAUCCUCCAUUGUACCUGAGACUGCGAACCGGAAGGCCGAAAGACAAGAAGAUUCCACGCUCGACGCCUAUUAUGAGCUAUGGAAAAAAGAAACUGAGGCCUGAAUACUGGUUCGGCGUACCACGAAACAGGGUGGACGACCUGUACAGGUUCAUCCAUGCGUGGGUACCGUCUCUGUACGGCGAGCUGGACGAGAAUUAUUGGAGGGAGCGUGGUUACAUUCUGCUGGACACGGAUACCGAUUUGUCGCCCGAAUUAUCGCCGCACGAGGGCGGCGAAGGAGGAGAAACCACGGAGGAUGGUAAACCUCGCAAUCAGGAUGGCGACGAGAUCUCUGAACUGACGAGAGAAUCAUGGGAGGUACUGUCUAUGAGCGAGGAGCUCAGACGAGCUCUGUACGCGAACAGUGCCGUCUCGUUGGACAACGACAUCAUCAUACCCGACCUUGUGGGCACCACAGAAAUCCUCAGCGACGAACACAGGGAACACCUUUGUCGACAUUUACCUGCCAGGGCAGAAGGCUAUCUCUGGAGUCUUGUCUUCAGCACCAGCCAACACGGCUUCAGUUUAAACAGCAUGUACAGGAAGAUGGCCAAAAUCGAGAGUCCUAUUCUGUUGGUGAUCGAAGACACCGAAGGAAACGUAUUUGGUGCGUUGACCUCAUGCGCUCUGCACGUGAGCGACCAUUUCUAUGGCACGGGCGAGUCUCUGCUCUUCAGGUUCACACCUAGGUUCCAGGCUUUCAACUGGACCGGGGAUAAUUUGUAUUUUAUCAAAGGAAACAACGAGAGCCUUGCCAUCGGCGCUGGAGAUGGCAAGUUCGGACUGUGGUUAGACGGCGACCUGUACCAGGGUAGGACACAGUCCUGCAGCACGUACGGGAACGAGCCUCUGGCACCCCGAGAAGACUUCGUGGUGAAGACGCUGGAAUGCUGGGCGUUCAUAUAGGACACGGCCUCGUACUCGUUGUCCACGACUUCGCCCUCGCCGCAGCCUAAUUUGACCUGAAUUCGAAAUAGUCUCGUGCGCGGACGUUUGUCUCGUCCCCAGGAGACGAUCACGCAGGAAGGCUACUACCGUUUCUAAGAGACAUUUUACCCGAGGAGAUUAAAAAUGAUUAACGGGAUUAUUUCUCACCGGUUACCGUCGAUAAAUCCUAUAACACACCAGAGACCCGACGCGUAUCCUUAGAAGACACUGCUGGAUUGUCGAUUGUGUACAAAGAUGGAAAUGGAGAUGAAGUUGGUGCGGGAAGAUUGGAACGAUGGAAGAAAAUGAUGAAGAGAGUCGAGACGGAAUUCGAAGGAGCCAUGGACUUACAAUUAAAAUGAUCGACACGUUGUUUGAUCGUCCUAUCUGUUUUUUUCCUCUUUUUUAAGUUGCCGUAUUUAUUUUAUUUUUUUAUAUGUAUACAUACAAGCGCGCGCAUAUAUAUAGUUAUAUACACAAAUGUGUUUCGUUGAAUGAGUUGUUGCUCGUUUUUAUCUGAGUUCGAAAGAAAAAAGUCAAGUCGAAGGAUUGGCCACGAUUGGCGAAGAAUUUGUUUGUACGCGAAGAUGACGUGGCGUUGCCUUCGAACUAGUCGCGAGUAUGAUAACGAUAAUAAUUAUUAAUUGUAUCGAUAACGAUGAUUCUGAUAAUAAUGGUACGUCGCGUUUUGACGAAGAUUUUAUGAUCGUUGACACGAUCGAUGAUCGCGAGUAAGAGAGAGAAUGAGCGGAUAAUGUAUGAAUGGUGAUCAUGAAAUGUCUCUCCUCGAAAAUGGGGAGAAUCGAUGACGCAAAAGAAUAAAAUGACAGACAGAGAACCACAAAUCGAACGAUGAUGAUGAUGAUGAUGAAUAACGUUGAUGAAAAAAAAACAUAGAAAACAAAACCACGAUACAACACGACACUACGAGAAUGCUAAACUAACCGUGUUUGUUGAUG